GUUAGGGUGAAGCAUUGUACCCUCUUGGUUACCCCAGACUUUCCGGGAAUGCCUGUCUGUCUGGCCAUCUCUCUGGCCCGGUGAGCAGCACCGCAGAUGUGCACUAGACGCGCGCAGGGCCCAAGAGCGUAUCCGACUGCGCUGCAACGACAUGCGUCAUCUGCGUGUCCGGACGUGUCGACGGAGGGGUUAUCUUAAAUACGCUGGAGCUCCGGUUUUGCUCUGGCUUGCUUCCUUCAGCUCUCUCUCGCCUGCGUUUACUCCGUCAUGCCUUUUGAUUUCUCCUUCGCUCCCGAUACGCGCCGUGACCAGCACGUCCUGAUCAUUGGCGCUGGUCUUGUGGGCCUCACCAUAGCACAGGGCCUCAAGCAUCGUGGGAUCCGCGCUACAGUGUUCGAACGAGAUACAGACGGCGGCCGUUCACAAGGAUGGGGCCUGACCAUCCACUGGGGCCUGAAAGCGUUGGAGCACUUGUUACCCUCGGAACUCUUCGAUCAGUUAGAUACGUGUCAGGUCGAUCCUUCUCUUCGAGCCAAUGAGGGUGGAUAUCUGUUUCUAGAUGGACGCGAUGGGAGUCCUAUCAUUUCCAUGCCGUCAGGCAAGCGCAGGAUCCGCGCCAACAGGCAGCGGCUACGGGAACUGCUUCUUACUGGUAUCGAUGUGAAGCAUGGCAAGCGCUUCAACAAUUUCGAGGUUACAUCGGACGGCGUACGAGCCUAUUUCGUGGAUGGAACGUGCGCAGAAGGUACACUCCUCGUCGGCGCAGACGGCAACAACAGCGUGGUUCGCAAGCAAUUACUGGGAGAAGAAGCGGCCGCAUUGAAACCGAUUCCUGUUGUGGCUUGCGGAGUUGUUCAAAGGUACACGAAGGAGCAAGUAGCUCCCCUGCGUGCUCUGGAUCCUUUGCGGUUCCAAGCAGUGAAUCCCGACACGGGGACGUACAUCUGGGUCCGCAUUCAGGAUGUGUCCCCCGACAGAAGCAGAUUUGACAUACUCACAAUAGUCUCGCAUCGCGUGACCGAUCUGAGCCUAGAACUGCCUCGAGACGCGACGAAUGUUGCCAAGAUCAACGAUAUGAAGAAACGUGCAGAUGGUUUCGCCGAGCCUUUUUAUUCGCUCCUGAAUGAUAUCGACCCUGCAUUGAAUUGUACAAGGUUGAACCUUGCGGACUGGGUACCUGUGCCGUGGACUAACAUGGGCGCAAUAACCCUUGCUGGAGAUGCCGCAGGUGCAAUGUCAAUGUAUCGAGGGGAGGGAGUCAAUCACGGAAUGCUCGACGCCGUCUGUUUGGUCAUGCACCUUACCCGAGUGUCUAGGUGUGAAACCGUGCUAGGUGACGCGCUGAUUGAAUACGAGGACGAGAUGCGUUCUCGACGACAGGUUGCAGUCCCAUUGAGCCGACAAGCUGCGCUUGAUGCUCACAGUAUUCCUCACGCUGACUCGCCGUUAUGCAGCCGUCGAGCUGCACCAGCAAUUUGCUCACGAGUCUUUUCCUGAGUACUUUCCGCCAUUGGUACUCCAUCGCUGCGCGAAGUGGUUUUCGGUCGUCGCUUCCUUCGUUCCCGCUUUCCUUGUGCUGUUCGUAUCUUGUAAUCUUUCUUGCCCGUCCGUUAAUCGCGUUGCCUUGUACUUAUUACUUGUACCUAUCGCAAUGCAUCACUCUC